CCUUCCCCGCCCCCGAGGGCCAAUCCCGAGGAUAGGUUUCGCAGUUUGUGAUUAGAUAUUUCAACGAAACGUUUAACGGGUACCGCAACGACCGAGGGCAGUAUCCCCAAACAGCGUGUCCCCAGCGCGGUCCCAGGGGUCCCCCACAGGGCCAGGCGCCCACGCUCCCCGGCCCGGCACCCGGUAGGCGGCGGCGCCCAGCCCCGGAGCGCGCUCACGCCCCCCUGCCCCGACCUCCGGGUGGCGCGCUCCCCAGACCCCCGCACCGUUGGAGGGAGCCCAGGGCGCUGUGGGCCCGAGGCCGGAGCGAGCCGGGCUAACGGGAGAGCCGCGGAGGGGAGAGGAGCGUGCCUGCACGCCCAGGCACAGGGGUAGGAGGGAGGCAGCGCUACGGUCCCAGUUCGGCUCGGGCUCAGGACCGAGGCUGGUCUGCCGGGCCCGCCCGCCGGCCAGACGCCGAUCUGAGGAAGGCAGAGCGGACCGCGCAGCGGCACAUGGCCUCGCCAUUCCUGCCGGCGGGGGCCACCUCGGGCGACAGCGGCGGAGAGCUGAGCUCGGGGGAUGACUCUGGGGAUGUGGAAUCCCUCCAGAGCCCCGAGACCGAGGCGUCCAGGGGCCUGGCAGAGCUGUUUGAGAAGGCUGCAGCGCGCGUCCAAGGCCUGAUGGCGGUGGCCAGCCGGGAGCAGCUCUUGUACCUCUAUGCCCGGUAUAAGCAGGUCAAAGUUGGCAAUUGCAAUACUCCUAAACCAAGCUUCUUUGAUUUUGAAGGAAAGCAAAAAUGGGAAGCAUGGAAAGCGGUGGGUGAUUCAAGUUCCAGCCAAGCAAUGCAGGAGUAUAUUGCACUAGUUAAGAAAUUGGAUCCAGGUUGGAAUCCUCAGUCACCAGAGAAGAAAGGAAAAGAAGUAAAUACUGGUUUUGGUGGGCCAGUUGUUAGUUCUCUAUACCAUGAAGAAAUCAUCAGGGAAGAAGAUAAAAACAUAUUUGACUACUGCAGAGAAAACAACAUUGACCAUAUAACCAAAGUCAUAAAAUCAAAAAAUGUGGAUGUGAAUAUGAAAGAUGAAGAGGGCAGAGCUCUACUCCAUUGGGCAUGUGACCGAGGACAUAAGGAACUAGUCACAGUCUUGCUACAAUAUAGAGCUGAUAUUAACUGUCAGGACAAUGAAGGUCAAACAGCUCUACAUUAUGCUGCAACCUGUGAGUUUUUGGACAUUGUAGAGCUGCUGCUCCAGUCCGGCGCUGACCCCACUCUCCGAGACCAGGAUGGCUGCCUGCCGGAAGAGGUGACAGGCUGCAAAGCAGUUUCCCUGGUGUUGCAGCAGCACAUGGUGGGCAAGGCUUAACCGAAAGACUGGACAAUCAGCCUGUACCAACGUAGGGCUUCAGUGGCAGAGAGAACCACAAAAAUUCUCUCACCACCCAUUUUUGGUAUGCAUUGGCUAAUAAAAUCAGUUCUGAGGAACUGGCA